UGUCAUUGUUUCAGGCACGCAGAGGACAGCUAAACUUCGCAGCCGUAUAUUUUGGGGUCCUUCAGCGUCAGAUUGCUGCUUUCUCUGGACAGCAUCUUCGGCAAUGGCGGAUUACGAUAACUACGAUGACCGGGAUCGGGCUUACGGGAGCUUCGGCGGGGGAAGAGGUCCCCGAGGUGGUGGCGGCCCAGGCGGACCCCGAAAGCAGAAGGAACUUCCCACAGAGCCGCCCUACACAGCGUACGUCGGCAACCUACCCUUCAACACAGUGCAAGGAGACAUAGAUGCCAUUUUCAAAGACCUCAGCGUCAGGAGCGUUCGACUAGUCCGAGACAAAGAGACAGACAAGUUCAAAGGUUUCUGUUAUGUAGAGUUUGAUGACUUGGAAUCUCUAAAAGAGGCUUUGACGUAUGAUGGCGCUCUACUAGGCGACCGAUCUUUGAGGGUGGAUAUUGCAGAGGGCCGAAAGCAAGAACGUGGCGCUGGAGGCUUCGGCUUCCGGAAAGACGACAGAGGCCGUGGUGGCUCACGUGGGGCCAGAGGAGGGGGACGUGACCCCAGAGACGACUACGACCACUCUGGAGGAGGUGCGACGUCUGAAUUGGGAUUUAGAGAUGAUGACUUCAUGGGUGGGAGGAGUCGAGGAGGCGGUCGCCCUGCCGACAGAAGGGGGGGUGGAGGCAUGGGACGCUUCAGAGACGGACCUCCUCGCGGAGCCUCGACAGACUUCAGAGAACCUUCCGACGAGGAAAGAGCGCAGAGACCAAGGCUACAGCUGAAGCCGCGUACAGUGGCAGGUCCCCUUAACCAAGUGGCCAACCCCAACUCGGCCAUCUUUGGGGGUGCCAAACCCAGGGAGGAGAAUUAAUAUCUGUGUCAGUGUGGCUGCAUUAUUCCGGAAGGCUAUACUGGAUUCUACUGGCUUUGAUCACCAUAAAAUCUUUCAAAGACUUCUCCCAGUGACACGCAGGCAGAGGCACGAGGUGCUGGUUUCCUCUCGAAUCCAAACGAGCCCUCAUCCGAUUGGCUUAAAAAGCACGUGGAGGUGGGGGCUCUAGAAAGGGGGUGGGGCAGUCUUAACUCCGCCUCUGCCUGUCCUCGCUGACUCCUCCCACACGCCUCAAAGAACCCAAACUUGGAGGACAACAUCUCCAGGUUGAUUCCAUUGUUGUUUAAGGACUUCAAAAUCUCUUUCCCUUUCCAAAGCAUCUUUGUGUUUCGAAUUUGUAGACACGCGGACGUAAUUGCUGCCGUGUGCUUUUUAUAUUUUGCUCUUUAAAUUUCUUUACUGUAUUUGAAAAUUAAAACGUUGAGCUUGAUUCUUAAUUAAACCAUUUCACAGUGAA